AUGAAAUCCUGGCACAUUACGAAACAUGGUUCUUUAGAGGAAUUAAAAUUAGAUGAGAAUGCACCUCUCCCAAUUAUAACCGACCCACUAGAUAUCCUGGUUGAAGUUAAAGCCUCUAGCAUUAACCCAAUAGAUGUUGCUAUGUUAGGUGGUUAUGGCUCAAAUAUAAUAGGCUUGUUAAAAACAUUAGAGUCUUUUCCUGUAACACCAAAAGUUAAAUUUCCUCUAACACUUGGUAGAGAUUUCUCUGGAAAGAUUGUUGAUGCUGGGAAAUCUGUUAAUUUGGAGAAAUUAAAAAUUGGCACAGAGGUGUGGGGCUCUGUGAGGAGUACGUACCAGGGUGCACAGUCGCAAUACAUUGUGGUACCAUCUACAGAUAUUUCAUUGAAACCAGAAUCACUGACUCAUGUGGAGGCAGCUUCGAUCCCAUAUGUAGCUUGCACAACAUGGGUAGCUGCAUCCACAUUUGGAAGGUUGGAGCCAAACUGGUUCCUAGAUAAAAAAGUUUUGGUUUUAGGUGGCAGUGGAGGAGUUGGGACAUUUGCAAUUCAGCUUUUCAAAUCAUGGGGGGCAGAAAUAACGACAACAGUUAAUAAAGAUUUUCUUGAAAAGGCUUCUGAACUUGGAGCAACUAAUAUUGUGGACUACACACAACCUGACUGCCAAUUUUUACUCAGUAGUUAUGGAAGCUAUGAUUUUGUGCUUGAUACAAUAAGAAGAAAUGAUUUUAAGAAUGUGCUUUGUCUUUUAAAGCCAGAUCUUUCAUCGAAGUAUGUGACUCUCCUAACUCCAGUUUUGCCAAACACAGAUAAAUAUGGCAUAACGUUAGGACUUGCUAAAUGCAAGCUCGAUCUUGCUUGCUUUGUUUUUGAGGGACUGAAAUUUGGCACUAAAGUUGGCUGGGCUAUUUAUGCACCAAACGGUGAUGCCUUAGAUGAAGUGGCUAAAUUAAUUGAAAACAAAAAAAUAAAACCAGUGAUUGAAACAGUUUAUUCCUUUGACCAGCUACCUUUGGCCAUGAAAAAAGUUUCAUUAAAACACAACAGAGGAAAAACUGUUCUUGAUUAUGAUUUAUGA